ACUAAAAUAAAAAAAGAUUAUUAAGACGGAUCGGUCAAACCACUCGCGGAUAAACCAGCAAACGCUUAUUACUAACCGUAGGAUAGCAACCAAAAGCCGUUGAUACCGUCCGAUGCCCACACGUCUUGUCCGCGCCCUAACAAACUCAAACAGACUAAAACCCCAAAACGCAGACGCUACUUCAGCACAAUCCGACCUCAGUAACAAGCCGACGAGCUUGCAUAAACUUCUAGAUUCUUCUAGAAGAUUCCAUGGCGGAAGGUAAGAGAUCCACUGGCUCCGUCAAGUGGUUUAGUGCGCAGAAAGGUUUCGGCUUCAUUGCUCCCGAUGACGGCGGCGAGGAUCUAUUUGUUCACCAGACCUCCAUCCAAUCCGAUGGCUUUAGGACACUGUCCGAGGGCCAACCCGUUGAGUUCUCCAUCGAUUUCGGAGAGGAUGGCCGUACCAAGGCGGUCGACGUCGUUGGUGUCUCCAGAUCUCGCCGUGCCCCUCGUGGCGGCCGCGGUGGGGGAGGCGGAAGAGGAUUCUAUGGCGGGAGAGGGAGAGGUGGUGGUGGGGGAGGAUAUAAUAGUGGUCGAGGCGAUGGUGGUUAUGGGAGAGGUGGGAGGGGUGGCCGGUCAGGCGGUGGCUCUGGAUAUAAUACCGGUGGUGGCAGCGGCGGUGCGUGUUAUAACUGUGGGAGAUAUGGUCAUUUAGCGAGAGAUUGUUAUCAAAGCGGCUGGGGUGGUGGAAGGAGUAGCAGAUACGGUGGAGGGAGCGGCGGCGGUGGAUACUCCGGUGGUGGACGUGGGGCAUGUUAUAAUUGCGGUGAGGAAGGGCAUUUUGCAAGAGAUUGCCCUAAUGCUGAUCAAAACUGAAACAAUGUGGGUGUUUCUCUCAAUGAAGGUGCUCCGGUAAUUAAUUCUUUGUGGAUUGUUGCAUUUUCGAGGUUUGUUGAUUGUUUUUCAAGGGACGGAAUUAGCAGAGGAGAUGGAGCAGAACCACUUCUGCAGCCAUUGCCACUUUAUUUCUUCCUCAUUAGGUUUUUUGGGUAAUUUUGGUAAUUGUUUGCUUAAGAUAUAGAUUUAUUCCUUUCUUUUUUUUCCCUCAGUUAUUUGUUUAACAUGAUGAAAUUGAUCCAUUUACAUGUUCUAUAUGAAAUUAUUGAUUUUGCCAA